AUGUACAAGGUUUUGGAGCGGAUCAUCCUGGACCGACUAAUCCGACACCGCGAAGAAACUACCCGUGACGAGCUAGCGGGCUUUCGCCCUAGUCGAUCGACGACUGAUCAGGUGUUUACUGUGAGAAGAGUGAUUGAAGUGUGGCACCGGUAUUCGAAGCCUCUACAGUUGACAGACUUCACAGCCGCUUUUGAUUCUGCUCACCGAGGACGUCUUCUCAAAACGGUUAGCGCCGAUGGAGUUCCAGGAAAUUUCGUAAGCUUAAUGAACGACAUGAAUAGAAGAAAAACUGCUGCGCUCGGAACACCAACUCGAUGUACUACACCGUUUGAACUGCAAACUGGAGUAAGUCAAGAGGUCGUGACUGGACCCAUUUUCGUUCAACUUUGCCGUCGGUGA